AUGACUUCAAUGGAAUCCGCGACGAACGAUACAUUUUCCCCAUGGUCCCCGAUCGACUCUGAGCUCCUUUUCCCGAGCCCAGUUGAGGAUAGAAACGAAUAUUUCCUUGUUGACGGCAAUAAAAGAAGCAGCCACUACCCUGACAGAGGAAAUGAGCUAGUCAAAUCCGAACAGCAUACCACCAGCAACUGUGGUAAUACUAGAUACCCUCAAGAGCCAACUCAGGUGACUAGUCAAGGGAUUAUGUCCCUGCCGCUCCUUUCUGAUGGCAUCCCCAGUGCAGGAUUUGAUUUUGUGGAAGAGGAUACGGACGACGAGUUUUAUCCUGGAAUUGUACAGCCACGACAGUUUUGGUGA